GCGAAAAUUCCUGAAGCGGCAUCGGCGGCUUCCGGAAGCCAGCCACGGCCUGACAGUAGCGCCGGCGAUUGGCGUGGUGAUUCCCUUUUAGUCCCGGUGGUGUACGUUUCACCUAGGAAACGGAAUGGCGCUUCUGUGUUACAACCGCGGCUGUGGCCAGCGUUUCGACCCCGAGGCUAACGCGGACGAUGCUUGCACAUACCACCCAGGUGUACCUGUAUUUCAUGAUGCCCUAAAGGGUUGGUCUUGCUGUAAGAGAAGAACAACUGAUUUUUCUGACUUCUUAAGCAUUGUAGGUUGUACAAAAGGUAGGCAUAACAGUGAGAAGCCACCUGAACCAGUCAAGCCUGAAGUCAAGACUACAGAGAAGAAGGAACUGUCUGAAUUAAAACCCAAAUUUCAGGAGCACAUCAUUCAAGCCCCUAAACCAGUAGAAGCAAUAAAAAGGCCAAGCCCAGAUGAGCCAAUGACAAACUUGGAAUUAAAAAUAUCUGCUUCCCUAAAACAAGCAUUGGAUAAACUUAAACUGUCAUCAGGGAAUGAAGAAGAAAAGAAAGAAGAAGACAGUGAUGAAAUUAAGAUUGGGACUUCUUGUAAAAAUGGAGGGUGUUCAAAGACAUACCAGGGUCUACAGAGUUUAGAUGAAGUCUGUGUAUAUCAUUCUGGAGUACCUAUUUUCCAUGAGGGGAUGAAAUAUUGGAGCUGUUGUAGAAGAAAAACCUCAGACUUUAAUACAUUCUUAGCCCAAGAGGGCUGUACAAGAGGGAAACAUGUGUGGACUAAAAAAGAUGCAGGGAAAAAAGUAGUUCCAUGUCGACAUGACUGGCAUCAGACUGGGGGUGAAGUUACCAUCUCCGUGUAUGCUAAAAAUUCACUGCCAGAACUCAGCCAAGUAGAAGCAAAUAGUACACUGUUAAAUGUUCACAUUGUAUUUGAAGGAGAGAAAGAAUUUCAUCAAAAUGUGAAACUAUGGGGUGUGAUUGAUGUCAAACGGAGUUAUGUAACCAUGACUGCAACAAAGAUUGAGAUCAUUAUGAGAAAGGCAGAGCCCAUGCAGUGGGCAAGUCUUGAACUGCCUACAACCAAAAAGCAGGAGAAUAAAAAGGAAGAUAUUGCAGAUUGAUUGGAAGAGAAGCAGAAAGCUCUUGUCUGGUUUAGAGUUCUUAAUGUGUGUGGUGAAAUAGUAGCUUGCUGCUGUAAUCCUUUUGUUGUUUUUUAAUCUGCCCUUUUAGAGUUAUCAUGAGGUUCUUCAAAGCCAAAGUCUGUUAAUUUUUUGUGCCUCUAUCUUCCUUUUGACUUUCAUAAUAGGAUUAUUCAGUCUCCUCACUAGUAGAAACAUAGUUGUUACCCCACAUAUGUAGGGAGGGAAAGAACUCAUAAGCUGUAGUAUUUCUUAGUAUAAAAAACUGUAGUAUUUCUUAGUAUAAAUUAUUAUAAGCAGAGAAAUAAAAGGAUUUUUUUUAUCCUGAUAUCACUGUUACCCUUAAAUGGGAAAGCAAGGUGUAAUAUAAAAAAAUGUAAUUGGCCUUUCCAUGAACUUUUGUUACUGUAAUUCUUGAAAACCUUUAAAGAAAACAGUUCUGUUUGCUUUCCCCAAUGAGAUGGUUACUUCCUGUAGUACUAACCCUGAAGCAGUGUGGUCACCAUCUGUGUGUACUGCUCACACAAUUCAUUUGCAAUUAAUUUAAUUUCAGAAAGCUACAUCAAUACCUAUAGUACUUGUCAAAGAGUAUAAUUUAAGACUAUAGGAAAUAUAACUAAGAUUAUAGAAGUACCAAUUUUGUUUAAAAUUCAUCAUUUCAUAAGAGUAAGCAAUAAUGUUUAAAAAAUUUUUUUUUAAUUAUUUAAAGGUGUUUGUAUGGUGUUUUAAUUAAAUUGUAUCUAAUUUACAGUCUAAGCCCUCUUAGGGAUUAUAUCUAUCUCCCAGAUGAAAAACUGUAUCUGUAAAAUUGUGACUGUGUAGCUUUGUUGAAAUAAGGUAUGUGUGAGGCUUGAAUCUGGAAUGCCCCUGCAGGCUUGUUGAACUUUUGAACUGUUGGUCCCCCAACCUCUGGCUUAUUUGAAGGCUGUGGAAUGUUUAGGAUGUUGGGCCUGGUUGGGCCCUCUGGGUAAGCCUUUAAUGAUUAUGCAUCCUGCUGGCUUGUCUGCUGUCAGGACACAUGAACCUCUCUGUCCAGUGCUCUCAGUGCUGGCUUCUCAGCCAUCAUAGACUGUAUCCUCUGAAACUGUGAGCCAAAAUAAACCUGUCCUCCCUUGAGUUGUUUCUGUCAAGGCAACGAGAAAAAAAAUGACACUACAGAAAAAUUAGGAGAGCUGCGUCUAAUAUGUUAAUGGAGUUGCCUAACUCUUUGGAGUUACUUUAAGGGUUUCAUGAAGAGGUUGACAAGUUUGCUAAUAUAAUAUUGGUUACAUAUUAUCCUUCGUUUACAUUAAUUAUAUAUGACACAGGAUUGCUUGUUUAUGCCAAUUACAGCCAUUAAUGAAUGGGUUACUUUUUGAGGCACACCUCAAGGGGAAACUUGGUAUAUGAAAGUUAGAACUCUAGCAGAACUUAGUAAAUUGGUGCCUUAAACUUGUAUAAGUCAAAAUGAAAGUUAAAGGUGUUCACUUCCCAAACUCUUUGGUAUUAAUGGAAUUCUUACAAAGAAGGUUUGAGUACAGCCAAGAUAUUAUUUGUGGCAAAUAAAGGAAUUAGGACAGGGGCUGGAGAGACAGCUCCCUUAGGAGCGGCUCUUACGUUUGAGUCCCUGAACCCAUAUCGCAACUUAUAUACUUAAAGGAACUCUACUUCAGUUAUAGGUCCUUCUUCUAGACUCCAUGGGCACCAGGCAAGUAUGCAGGCAACCUGUAUGCGUCAUUCUGCUAUUAGCAAAUAACUAUUGGAGAUACUGUCUAGUUCUGUCAGCAAGUGUAAAGACACAAAUUUAGCCUUUAAGCUUUGAUGCGACAAGAACAUGCUAAAAAAAUUUUUGCAAUAAAAAACUGGGAUCCAAAUAGUGUCUCUUAAGUUUCUAGUUAAACAUGAAUUCAUUUAGCAAAGAGAUCUUGUUUUCUGCCAGAGGAAAGAGGUUGAAAGAGUUUGAUUCAGAAUAUUAAUUAUACCUGUAUCACUUAUUGCAGCUGUUUUGUUAUUCCUUGAAUGGUAAUUUUGUCUGUUGGUAUGGUACUGUUGAAGCAAGUGAAGUUUUCUAACCUCAGACUUGGUUGCACAGCACUGUUUUUAUUUUUUCAUACAGUUGUGCAGUGCUUACAUCUGUUACUAUUUAAUUACUGUUUUCUUUCAGAACCUCUGGAUAUCACUCAGAUAUAAAUUAAGUGAAAUUUACCUUAAAGUCUGGCAACAGAGUUUUGUUUUGUUUUUUUAAAGGAAAAAUAUUUUACUCUGUCAGUUUAUUAAGAAAAGUUAAUGAAAUGCUUGUUAGCACUAAGAAGUUAUUCCUGUUAGAUGUUGCCUUUCUUUUAUUAUGGCAUCAAAGCAGUCAAACCUAAAUAUAUUUUAUACAUGUUGUUACUCACUUUAGCAUGGGAAACGUAAAUGCUAUUUUUCUUGCCUAGCUUUUGCUUGCACAAAGGAAUUAAUAUCCUAAGUUGACCUGUCUUUUCUAACCUCUUAUUUUAAAAUAACUUUAGGUUGGCAGAAUUACAAAACCAGUAUAGGAGUUCUUUAUAAUUAGUAUAUCAUCUUCCCAUGUUAAAAUUGUCAUGAUAGAUGGUUUACAAAACUGAGUCAUUAACCUUGGUAUAAUUUAAAGUAGAAUGUUUAAUUUUAACCUUUUUAGUGGAACCCUUAAAGCAUAAUUUUUGAAACCUGUCUUCUAAUUUAAGCCAGUAAUGUAAACAAUUAAAACAUGAAUUGAAAUCAGAUGUUUAUAGGUUCACUGUAUACAUUUAGAGAACUGUGUAGUCAGUGCACUGAUUGAACUUUGUCAUUGAUAUCUUAUGGGGGUUUUUGUCUUUACUAUACAUAGAACUUGUUUGAUUUUCUUCUUAUCAGUUCAUCAUAAUGAGAACCAUUAAAACAUUUUUGCAGAUC